AGCUCUUCAGUCUCUAUUGAGUCGCCACUGAGAGGGAGUGUGUGUGUCUGUGCUCUGCUCCUGCAAUAUCUUCUUGUAGUCGCAAUCAUGGGAGAGGUCUUGGAGUACGAGACUGGCGAUGAGAAGUCGUACAAAUUCCUUCCCUUGUUUGGCAACACCUUGAGGUUCUCGGUGAAGGCAGCGCACGACUGCCACUUGGCCUUCACUCGAGGCACCGCGGAGAGCGAGCCCAUGUUCGAGGUCUUCAUCGGGGCCUGGUCGGGAGAGGCUUCCGCCAUCCGCUUCAAUAAAGGAGAAGAUUUGGCUAAAGUCGACACUCCCGAGAUUUUGAACGAUGGCAUCAUCAGUGCGUCGGAGUUCCGCGAGUUCUGGGUGGCGACGGACCACGAUGAAGUCCGCGUCGGUCGUGGCGGCGAGUACGAGCCCUUCAUGUCCGCGGUCCUGCCCGAACCCGUGGCCACGUCGCACUUCGGCUUCUCCACGGGCCAUGGAGCAACGGGCGACUUUAUAUUUUUCCACGAACGUGCGGCAGCUACGGAGAACAAGUUGCAGUACAACUUCGAGCCGCUCUACGGCGACACCUUCACCUUCAGUGUGGCGUGCGACCACGACGCUCAUCUAGGCUUCACCACCGCCCCUGCCGAGACGCCGCUCAUGUACGAGGUCUUCAUCGGGGGCUGGGAGAACCAGCACAGCGCCAUCAGGAAGAGCAAAGAGACAACGGUGGUGAAAGUUGAGACUCCGGAUGAGUGUUGUGGAGAGAAAACCUACUGGGUGAACCUGCGAGGUGGGCAUGUGAGAGUGGGGCGGGCUGGCGAGUCAGAGCCGUUCAUGGAGUGGCAGGACCCAGAACCCUUUAAGGUGACUCACGUGGGCUACUGUACCGGCUGGGGAGCCUGUGGCCAGUGGAAGUUGAACGUUUGAAUGUUUUCAAUAUUCACACUUUCUUCCGAGUAAAAUAAUUGUUGCAGCAAAAGCAUCACCAACAGCACUACAGUAAAAACGGCUCCAAAGCUGGCUGCAGUACUCGACUCAGCGGCUGAAAGGACGUUAUCAAUACUACAAUUUAGAAAAAUAAAUUAUACUCUAGCAAAUUGAAUAAUAUCACACAGAAAAUCACGAAUUUCUCGUUGUUACUUAAUGUUUAGUUGUAGAUUAGUGCAUAAUGAAUCUUGCCUUAAAGUUCGUUAGUAAAUUUUUCGUUGUCAAUUAGGUUAAUGAUUAGUAAACACCUCAUUUAUUACCAAAUACUAAUUUCUAACUAAGUUGUCUUACAAACAUUUUGGUAUUGACAGCGAUAACGAAUUUUGUAACACCUUGUCAUGUCAAUGUCUCUUCAGGUAUAAUCGCCUUUCCAACGUUAGCGUUUUUUCAACUGUAACACAUUUUACAUUGUAGCUCCUUUUCAUUAAUACUUUUAUACGAUCAAAAUACCCUCUCAUAGUUAAUGUAUCUUAUGAUGCUAACGACAUUUACAAUAUCUGAUGGAAGCUAUCAAUCACCUAUCUUUUCAGAAGAGUUCAUUAUGCCGCCCUGUUGAUGGGUGGGGGGGAAGGGGAGUCCCAUAUUAAAAUUUA